UUCUUGAUACGCCGGUGGCCACGACCCGAAACCGUGCUCCUUCUAUCUUUUUGACCGAGAGACGGGUCCCGUGUCGCCGAUUUUCCCCUUUUUUUAACGUCCUUUUUUCCUCAGUUCCAAGGCGAGAUUUCCUUCGCCGAAUCUAGAAAUCCGAACGAGAGGAGAAGAGAAACGAAAAAAAAGAUCCAAAUCGGCGAUCGUAUCCGUUUUUUUGAUAUCCGUUGACCCGUGUGACUAAAGAGUGAGAGACGAUGCCCUCGGACGCGAAGAAGAAGCAGGCCCAGAAGAAGAAGGAAGCAGCGAAGGCGAGGCAGUCGGGGAAGAAGCCGGCCCAAAGGCCUGCAGAAAACGGCGAUGGCAAGGACCAACCUGCAGAAGGGGCAUCCAACGGGACAGCGGAGCUGAGCGCGGAAGAGGCAUUGUGUUUGAAAUUGGAAGCAGAUGCGAGGCUGAACGCUGAGGCAAGAUCGUGCACCGGCUCGCUCGCCGUACACCCGAGGUCGAGGGACGUCAAAAUCGAUAAUUUCAGCAUUACCUUCCACGGCUGUGAACUGCUCCAGGACACGCGGCUCGAGCUCAACUGCGGACGACGUUAUGGUGUCAUCGGGCUCAACGGUAGUGGCAAAUCAACCCUGCUCGCCGUACUAGGCAACCGUGAGGUACCGAUACCGGACCACAUUGACAUAUUCCAUCUUACGAGAGAGAUGCCCGCUUCGGACAAGACGGCGCUCGAAUGCGUCAUGGAAGUUGAUGAAGAGCGCGUACGGCUCGAGGAGCUCGCCGAUCAGCUUGUAGCAUGCGAAGACGAUGAAUCGCAGGAACAGUUGAUGGACAUAUAUGAAAGGUUGGAUGACCUGGCCGCCGACACGGCCCAGGCUAGAGCCGGCUACAUACUCCACGGUCUUGGCUUCUCGAAAGAGAUGCAGCAGAAGAAGACGAAAGACUUCUCCGGAGGUUGGCGCAUGCGCAUCGCCCUCGCAAGGGCGCUCUACGUCAAACCGCAUCUCCUCCUUCUGGACGAGCCGACCAACCACCUUGACUUGGACGCCUGUGUCUGGCUCGAAGAAGAGCUCAAAACAUAUAAAAGGAUUCUCGUUAUCAUAUCGCAUUCGCAGGAUUUCAUGAAUGGUGUUUGUACGAAUAUAAUUCAUUUAAACAAGAAAAGGCUUAAAUAUUUCACUGGUAAUUAUGACGCUUUUGUACGUACGAGGCUGGAGCUUCUUGAAAAUCAGAUGAAGCAGUACAACUGGGAACAAGAUCAGAUUGCCCACAUGAAGAAUUACAUUGCACGGUUUGGCCAUGGUUCUGCGAAAUUGGCGAGACAGGCGCAGUCGAAGGAGAAGACUCUGGCCAAGAUGGUCGCCCAGGGCCUGACCGAGAAGGUUAUAACCGAUAAGACAGUUACAUUUUAUUUUCCGUCCUGUGGCACAAUACCCCCGCCUGUCAUCAUGGUUCAGAAUGUCAGCUUCCGUUACUCCGAUCUGACGCCUUGGAUAUACAAGAAUCUCGAAUUUGGUAUCGACCUCGACACGAGGGUGGCACUAGUCGGGCCAAACGGUGCCGGCAAGUCAACCCUUUUGAAGCUCUUGUACGGCGAGCUGAUACCAAAUGAGGGCAUGAUACGUAAGAACUCGCAUCUGAGGAUAGCACGCUACCACCAGCACCUGCACGAACUCCUCGAUCUCGACAUAUCCCCACUAGAUUACAUGUUAAAAUCUUUCCCCGAUGUUAAAGAACGAGAGGAGAUGAGGAAGAUCAUCGGCCGGUAUGGCUUGACAGGGAGGCAACAGGUGUGUCCGAUUCGACAGCUGUCAGACGGGCAGCGUUGCCGAGUUGUCUUUGCCUACCUUGCGUGGCAAGCGCCACACUUGCUCCUCCUCGAUGAACCAACUAACCAUCUGGACAUGGAGACAAUCGAUGCUCUGGCCGACGCCAUAAACGAGUUUGAGGGCGGGAUGGUGCUAGUAUCGCACGACUUCAGACUCAUAAGCCAGGUCGCCGAAGAGAUUUGGGUGUGUGAGAAGGGCACCGUCACGAAAUGGCAGGGCGGUAUCCAAGAAUACAAGGAGCACCUCAAGGCCAAGAUCCUUAAAGAUGCAAAUAAAAAGAAAUAAUAAAAAAUGAAAAGUACCAAAAAAGCCCGAUUUUUAUUUUCUCUCUCGUAAUGACGAAACGACCGUCUUUCUCAAUUUGCAACAAUAAAUAAAUAUUAACAAAAUAAGAGCACUUGUAUAAUGAAAUUUGACAAGUAACGCAAAAAAUUUAAUGAGAAAUCCCAUGGAUUCCUCUUAUUCUUAAUAUUAAUUCAAAAAAUUAUUAUAUUAA